AUGUCAUUGCUAGGACCUAGGAAGAGGCGAGUUCAAGCACAGUUCAAUGAGCUUCAAGAAUACUACCUGCAAAGACGGCGCACGGGAGCACAGGCCCGCAGGCAAGAAGAAAGAGAUAACGUUGCAAUGAAUAGAGAAGGCUAUCAUGCAGGUCUUCAGGAUUUCCAGUCUGUGCUAACAACGUUCACUCGAUACAGUCGUCUACGUGUCAUUGCGGAACUAAGACAUGGAAACUUGUUUCACUCUGCCAAUAUUGUAUCCAGAUCUAAACUUAGCUGCCUAAGCUGGAACAAGUACUCAAAAAAUGUUAUUGCAAGCAGUGACUAUGAGGGUAUAGUAACUGUGUGGGAUGUCCAGACCCGUCAGAGUGUGAUGGAAUAUGAAGAGCAUGAGAAGAGGGCAUGGAGUGUUGAUUUUUCUCGUACAGACCCUUCAAUGCUAGUAUCUGGGAGUGACGAUUGCAAGGUGAAAGUGUGGUGCACAAAACAAGAAGCAAGCGUGAUCAAUAUUGAUAUGAAAGCAAAUAUUUGCUCGGUUAAAUAUAAUCCUGGAUCAAACUUCUACGUUGCCGUUGGAUCUGCUGAUCACCAUAUUCACACACUAAUUUAA